UGUUAUGAGCCCCUGCAAGUUUGAUUCCUGGUUACGUGGCCGAUACCUGCCUCGCCACGCCUGACAGGGUUAGUUUGGUCAUUUCAUGCUCAUUUAAUUACAACCGCCUCGACCGCCAUCUCUCCGUCGGCCUUCGCUCCCCACCAUUUCCAAGAACGAUAGGCCACUUCGACUUCGACCGAAACCUCCCUGCCUCCUCCCUCCUCCUCCUUCUCUCUUUCUCCCCUAAGCAUUCCCUUUCAAGAUAAUGGGCAGGAAACCCUCCCUCCCCAUCGCAGCCCUUCUCCUCUUCCUCUCUCUGCCUUCACUCCAAGGUUACGCGGGCUUCACCUGCGACGCCACCGUGUUCCCGAAGGAGGCCGAGUACGACUACAUCAUCGUCGGCGGCGGCACUGCUGGCUGCCCGCUCGCCGCCACCCUCUCCGAAUCACACCGCGUCCUCGUCCUCGAACGUGGGGGCGCCCCGGGCGAGUUCCCUUCCCUGGCGGGCCAAGAUGGAUUCCUCCGGACCCUGGUGAACACGGACGCCCGGGACUCGCCCGCCCAGACCUUCAUCUCCGACGAGGGCGUCCCCAACGCCCGCGGCCGGGUCCUCGGCGGCAGCAGCGCCAUCAACGCCGGAUUCUACAGCCGCGCCCAUCCGUCCUUCUUCGACGGCGGCGACGCCGGCGGCACGGUCGCCGCAUGGAACAUUGGCCUGGUGAACGAGUCGUUCGAGUGGGUCGAACGGGAGGUGGCCUUCCGCCCGGUGCUCCGGAGUUGGCAGGCGGCGGUCCGCGAUGGGCUGCUCGAGGCAGGCGCGACGCCCUACAACGGAUUCACCGUCGAGCACGUGGUGGGCACCAAGAUCGGCGCCGCCACCUUCGAUUCCCACGGCCGCCGCCACAGCGCCGCCGACCUCCUCAGGUUCGCCAACCCCACCAACAUAAAGGUGGCGAUCCGGGCCACCGUCCACCGGAUCUUGCUCAACCCAGUCUUGCCCGGUUCUCUCUCUCUCUCUCUCUCUCUCUCUCUCUCUGGAAGCUAUCGAUGCCUGUCUGAUCUCGCUAGCAUGGUUCUUGGCCGUAGAUACUGGUUUGGCUCUUGUGAUCAACCUUCAUCACCUCCAUUUCCCCUUUUAGGUUCGAGCGGACGAUCGCGGCCCAAGGACCAGGUGAUGGCGGCCGGAGUGGUGUACCGCGACGGCAUGGGGCGCCACCACCGCGCGAAGACCCGCCCGGGAGGCGAGGUGAUCCUCUCUGCCGGAGCCCUCGGCAGCCCCCAGCUGCUGCUGCUCAGCGGCAUCGGGCCGCGGCCAUACCUGUCGGCGUGGGGCAUCCCGGUGGCCCUCCACCACCCGAGCGUGGGGCGGCACAUGUACGACAAUCCCCGUAACAGUAUCUCCUUCAUUCCCGCCGUCCCCGUCGACGACUCCCUCAUCCAGGUCGUCGGCAUCCCGGGCGCCGACGCCUCCUUCGUCGAGGCCGCGUCGAACAUAGUCCCCUUCCACUCCCCGGCCCCCUACGUCUUCCUCCACCAGUCCGCCUCCCCUCUCUUCGUGGCCGUCGCCACCCUCAUGGAGAAGGUCCCUGGCCCCGCGUCCGAGGGCUCCCUCCGGCUCGCCUCCCUCGACGCCAGGGACAACCCCCUGGUCCGAUUCAACUACUUCUCCAGGCCGGAGGACCUGGCGCGGUGCGUGGCCGGGGUGCGGCGGCUCGGGGACGUCCUCUACGGUAGGUCGAUGAAGGAGUUCCGGGUGGGAGCCACAGGGUUGCGGGGAGGGAGGGCGGGACGGAGGGACACACGGUUCGUGGGCCCAGCGUUGCCGGCCAACAUGUCGGACGACGCCGCGGUGGCGGCGUUCUGUAGGAGGUCGGUGUCGACGCUCUGGCACUACCAUGGCGGGUGCGCGUCGGGGAAGGUGGUGGACGGGGACUUCCGGGUGAUGGGGGCGGCGGCUCUCCGGGUGGUGGAUGGCUCCACCUUCAGGGUCUCGCCGGGGACCAAUCCCCAAGCCACCGUGAUGAUGAUGGGCAGGUACGUGGGGCUGAAGAUGUUGCAGGAGAGGGAGGAAUAGGUGGCCGCAUCCAUGAAGAGACGCAGUGAGAAAUGGUACGAAGUCAUCAUCCAUCUGCAAACUGCUUGUCCUGUGUUCUGCAUGCUUUUUACCCACACAAUACCUGUAUAAUUUGCAGGGAUGUAUCUCUUUCGUUUCUUCCUUCAUGCAUUCCUCUCGGAUACCAUACUGCCUGAAACCAUUCA